AAACUGUCCUACUUUGGUUUAUUUCGAUUUUCACUGACUACGCAAUCACCCUUCUUCCAGCGACCACGUCGACUUAGUCAAACAAGCAUUCUACAAAAGAUGGCCAAUUCUAUUUACACAUAUGUCCGGGACUUUGAGGCUGACAGUCCUUGCUUGCCCAACACCUGGAUUGUUGUGCGACUAGACGGGCAGACUUUUCACAAAUUUGCAGAGAAACACAACUUUGUGAAACCUAACGAUGAGCGCGCAUUGAGGUUGGCCAGUGAAGCUGCGAAACGAGUUAUGCGGCAGCACCUGGAUAUUGUUUUGGCCUACGGACAGUCAGAUGAAUUCAGCUUUGUGUUUAGGCGCUCUACGGAAUGCUUCAACCGAAGACCCAGCAAACUGCUUACGACGGUCGCAUCACUCUUUGCUUCGGCAUAUGUUUUUGAGUGGCCAAAUUUUAUGGAAGGCACCAAACUUUUGUAUCCCCCCGCAUUCGAUGGUCGAGUGGUUCUUUAUCCGACGGACAAAAACCUCAGGGACUAUCUGAGCUGGCGACAAGUUGACUGUCACAUUAAUAAUCUGUAUAACACUUGCUUUUGGAAUUUGGUGCAGCGCGGUGGACUGACAACUGCUGAAGCAGAAGAACGCAUGCGGGCGAAGAAGAUUGCCAUCGAGGAGCGAAAUUGCGAUAUAAUCAAGGACGAUUUUUGGGAGGAAAAUCCUCAUUUGCUGGAUCCCUGA